UUAAUCCUGAAACCGGGCAGUUUUCCCAAUAACAAAUGUUUUGUUUAAUUAGUGAGUUGCAGUCUUUUCUCACUACUUACUUGCUUACUGCUCCAAACAGAGGGUAAGUCUCCAAUAAAAAGUACUAGUAAGGUUAGAAAAUGGAAAACACUUGUGAGCACUCCAGGAGGAACAAUCAUGGAAACGAGCAUUCUCAGAAAGGACUACGAAAUGAGGAUGAUGUUAAUGUGACUACACAGCAGCAGUGUCAAACACCUGAAACAUGCACAGCCUUAUCUCCAUUUGAUUACAAGAUCAUCAUAUGUGCUCUCUGUCUCCUAAUGCUUGGUGCUUUAAUAUCACUCGGUGCUUUGGGCAUUUUGUAUCACAAUAAAGUUGCUUCUACUGAGAAUUUAAGUGAGAAGCAUAAGAAUGCUACUGACCCACUAAUGAUGCUAGACUAUCAAGUAAAGGAAAUGGAGAGUACAUAUGAAAUGCAUAACGUAAAUCAUCAGGAGGUCAUCUCUUGCAAUGAGACAGAAAGGCUGUAUAAAGAACUAAUGGUGAAGCAUCAUAGGCUCAUCUUUGCCUACAGUGAGACAAAACAUCUUUAUGAGAUGCUGAGAGCCAAGUAUGAGCAAGUUCAUGAACAGAUCACUGUGUGUAAUGAUCCAACACAGCAAAACUGUACACUUUGUGGAGAAGGAUGGAAGUCUCUUGGGUUAAAGUGUUACUACUUCUCCACUGAGGAACUGAACUGGGCACAGAGUAGACAUUACUGUAUGGCGGAAGGAGGACAUCUGGUGAUUAUAACCAGACAAACUGAACAGGAUUUUCUGUCUUCUCAAAUUGAAAAAACACACUGGAUUGGCUUAAAUGACUUGGAAACUGAGGGAAAGUGGAAGUGGGUGAACAAUCAGCCGUUAAACAAGACGGGUGUAACGUUCUGGUAUAGUGCACCGGAAGGACCAUAUGAGCCUGAUAACUGGAAAGUGCAGGACCCUUCUGGGGAGAACUGUGCUGCUCUGGGUGAUGAAAAUGGUAACAUACACAAGUGGUUUGAUGCUUCUUGUCGUAAGAUAAAAAAAUACAUAUGUGAAAGGUAAAAAGACUUUUCUUCUCAUAUGGUUUUGAUCCUGAAAAGAAUAAUGUAAGAGAGAAUUUUUGGUUGUUAAGUUAUUUGAUAUUGUUAAACUUUUAUUGUAAAAAAAAAAUACAUUUACUUGUAAUAUGUGCUGUAUAUGUCACACUUUAAAUUUGAAUACAAAGCAAAAUAUAUAUAUUUUUUACUAAAACCAUUUUUUACUAUAUCUUUAUCUUUAUCUUUACUUACUAUAUCUUAAUAAGCUAUAUUUUUUCUCCUGCUCCUUAUGAGGUUUUCUGGAAGAAUGAACACCUUUCUUUCAAAAGGUCUCCGUCAGUAAGAAGACCCUCAGAGCAGGACAGAGCAAAAUGUUUUUCAUUUUAUCACUUACUUGUAUAUAUUUAUAAAUUAGCACCAGUACAGUACAGUAGGUUGUCUAAAUCAAAAUAGAAUGUUUAGUUUGAAUACCCCUAAAGAAAAUGUAAGAAA